AUGAGUAACGAUGAAGCCAUGAAGAAUAAGCUGAAGAAGCAUCUCAGCAACACUUUCUGGAUGAAGGAUCUCGGAACAGCGAAGCAUUGCGUUGGGAUUCGGAUCGAAAAGACGAACGACGGUAUCACCCUGGACCAGGAGGCGUACGUCGAGACCGUAUUGAAGCGGUUCAACAUGAGCGAAUGCAAGCCCGUCAAGAUUCCGAUGAACGCCAGCGAGAAGCUUUCGACAAAAAAGUCGCCAAAGACCGACGAAGAGGUCGCCGCGAUGAAGGACGUUUCAUAUCAGGAGGCAGUUGGAUGCCUCAUGUAUCUGGCCCAGUGCACCCGGCCGGACAUUCUGUUCGCGGUCAACGUCCUCAGCAGGUUCAACCAAAACCCUGGUCCGAAGCACUGGAUAGCCGUGAAACACGUUCUCCGAUACCUUCGGGGAUCAUCGCAGCAGAAGUUGCACUACAAGCGAGACGCCAAUCUGGAGGUUGUCGGGUACUGCGAUGCUGACUGGGGAUCGGAUCCAGAGCAGCGGAAAUCCACAAGCGGAUACGUCUUCCUUGCUUCAGGAGGAGCGAUAUCGUGGUCCUGCAAAAAGCAACCAACAGUUGCACUUUCGACGUGUGAAGCGGAGUACAUGGCGGUAUCGGCAGCCGUACAAGAGGCAUCCUGGUGGCGCGAUACUUGA